AGCGCGCCUUGAGAGAGACGUCCGUGCGUGCGUUCGAUUAUUAAAUAUCAUUUCAGUGAGGAAGAGUGGAGUGCUUAGCGUGGUUUGCCAGUGCGAUUGUAUUGUAAAGCGUACUUUACUGCCCUGCUCUAACCCCGCCGAGCCGAGACACUGUCCUUGCCGAAAGCGAGGUUGACAAGUUUGAAAUUUGCUCUGCUUGGGCGCGCGCGUGUGUACAGCGUUUGUCGGUUAGCGUGCCAAGAAUUGAGAAACGACGCCACAUUGAAACACCAACAACGACGACUGCAGUGUUGACAAACGUGCUCACGAAUGGACGCCAUGUUGUGGAUUUCGUUGCUCCUACUUGUCUUCCCAUCGUACAUUAUCGCGCAGGAAGUGACGUCAACGGCGACGACGACACGCGCAACUCAGGAUGUCGUUAACGGCAGGGAAGCCGUGCCACACGAGUUCCCAUGGAUGGCUGUCAUUGAGACUCCUAACUUUGAAGGGAUCACGUGCGGUGGCGCCAUCAUCGACGAAUGUCACGUGAUAACAGCGCGUCACUGCGUUGGGAAGCUCACGUCUGAGGAUGUAACCGUGAAACUGGGGAAGCAUAGCAUACAGAUAGCCGAGGUUACCGAACAGACGUUCAGCGUGGAUGGCAUGAACGUACACCCAACGUUCGACGUAGCUCUGGUGCGUCUCAACACGGCGGCCAUCUUGAACGAGAACAUCAAACCCAUCGACAUGGACGCGUGGACGAGCGCCAAGGUUGGAGAUGACAUCAUCGUAGCCGGCUGGGGUGUCUAUAAUUCCACACAGCUUCUCUACGCCAGCAACCUUCAGAAGAUCAGUCUGACCGUCGUCGAUCCAAACACCUGCGAGCAGGACGGCAUCGUCAUCAGCGACAUCGAGUGGUGCGCUGGCGAACUAAACGCCGCCACCUACUCGAACGCCUGCUACGGAGACUCGGGCAGUCCGGCGCUGCUGCGGCGUGCCGACAGCAGCUACGUGCUGGCGGGGCUGGUCGAGCGCGGGCUGCACAACUGCCCGUUGAAUCAUCGCUACGCAGCCUACACGAACACGACCCUCGUCAUCGACUGGGUGCGAAAGAGAACGAGCGGAGUUCUGCUGACGGUCGAGAACAACGAGUACGUGUGUCGGCGUUCGGGCGGCGACGACAACGACGUCGAGUUCUCCGACGUGAACGUAUUCAACCGCGUCGGCGCCUUCAGCGCUGGCGGCGGUAGCGUCGACAACGCGACGACGACGACGCCUCCGACGACGACAACGACCAUGGCAUCGACAGCGAGGAGGACUGAGUCACGUGGUACGACGGCGACGACGACGCAGGCCCCGACACAGCCGACAACGACCAGGCGAGGAAGGGGACAUCGCGGUGGUGGUAAUAGAAGGACGAACCGCGGUAGAGGAAACAGAAGAACGUAGAUUCAACAUCAUUUUUAUGUGCGAAUAUAAUAUCAGGAGUGAAUAAUAAUAGAUUCUAUAAUAAUAGAUAUCUAUUAUUAUUCACUCGUGAUAAUAUAUAUAUAUAUAUAUAUACAUUAUAUUCAUACUAAAUUGUAAACUUUCUAGAGGUAGAUACUAUAGUUUAUAUGUGUGUAGCUAGUUUUUCGAUACAGAUUUAGCUGAAGCUUUGUAUUCGUAGAAUAGAAUAUAAUUCUCUUUAUGAUAUUAUGAUGCCAUUAUUAAUCUCAAGCCUUGAUAACCAGACAGCUUGCGUAAAACCACUUAGAAAGAUGUCAGUAUAUAUCCGACGAGCACAUAUAGAUCUGACAAUACAGAUAUAUCUGAGAGCACAGGUAUGUAUCUGACAGCCAAUAUGCAUUUAUUGAAUAAUCUGUGGCUGUUACUUGGACCAAACAGCAAAUUGUGUUGAAUCUAUUAAGUUGUAUUGUAUAUGCGGAAUUCGCCCAUGACUACUCUUAUCUGUUAUAUUAUGUCAUAUUAUGUUAUGUUAUGUUAUGUUAUGUUAUGUUAUGUUAUGUUAUGUUACGUUACGUUACGUUACGUUACGUUACGUUACGUUACGUUACGUUACGUUACGUUACGUUACGUUACGUUACGUUACGUUAUGUUAUGUUAUGUGUUAGCUGCCGAACCACAUUGCUAUGUAGAGCAUUACCGGUCGGUGAAUCUCGCAGUUGUUUGCUAAUACGUCGCUAGCCAGCGUGGCCCGAAGUUGUCGGUCUAGUGGGCUCAAUGCGCUAGAGUGUUCUCUGUUGACGGUAGUACGGCGCCCCCCGCUUUAUAGAGACAGGUCGAAAACCACAGAAAUGUCCUGAUUAAUUAAUCAGUGGUCCCGAUUAAACGGUGAACAUGUCAUAUGGUGCAUAGAGAUGGUUUUUCAAAGAUGCAUGUCGUAGAGUGGAUGCGCCCGUUUAUCCGAUACCCGAUAAAGCGGGGACCACCGUAUAUAAUGACGUCAACCGCUUGCUAAUUUUGCGUGCGAGAAUACGUACGCUGCCUAUUAAUACGUGUUUGCAACUGUAUAGGGUUCACUGUACCUGGUGAGGUAACACAACACACGGCACGUCAUUCUAGUUUUUAUUCAUUGCUAAGAUAUGGCGUCAAUUACUUUCGCCUAGAAACUAACCCAGUGGAACUACACCCCUGUCUGCCCAGGCCCUUGCGUUCAAUUUUAUAAUUUGCCCCCGGUGUUACCGGGCAAUAAAUACCCUGCACGGGCAUUAAUUAUUAUACAA